AUGGGCUAUGGCCAUGGCUGCUGCGGUAACCUCGAGCCUGCGCACCUGAACGGUAAGAAGAAUAAGCAAGACACGUGGGAGGACAGGAUUAUCAGGCAGGCUGCGGAAGCGAUGAUUGCUGUUGUGCCCGCUGGUAACUUUGUCUCAGACUGUCGGAGGUGGUGGAGAGGCAAGAAGCACAAGAACAGGAGCUGUGACUAUGACAGCAACUCUAGAAGCUAUGGCGUCGCCAGGCAGAACUACAAUGGCAGCUCGCCGCUAUAUAAGCGGACCGGCUCCAGCGGCCAAAGCUACUACAGGGGCUCAUCGCACUCUUGGUAUCAGCACUGCGGCGAUUUGUUCUCAUAUGACGAGACCCGAUCACACAGCAGCCAGCAGUCAUAUGGCAGCAGCUCAUGCGGGACAAAAUCCAGGUUGUGGAAGUCAGCGAUCCUGCAGCGGCAGCGAUCGCACAUCUAG